AUGAGUAAAAACUUUGUUAGUCCAUCUCGCCCAAUCUCAAGAGAUCAAUUGAAUUCAGUUAGACAGAAAUUUGUUAGAGAUUCUCCUAAUUUAUAUAAACAAAAUAUCUUAUCGUAUCCAAAAUUAGAACCUCAUUCUUCAGAUUCAAACACAUUUACAAAGACUUCAUCAUCACAAAUAAAUGAUCCAUUAUUUAAUUUAAGAAAUUUAAGUUUAGGAAAUCUAUCAAAUAACAAGAAUGAAGCCAUACCAAUUACACAACCAUCUCAAACGAAUGUGGAAGAAUUAUCUCAUCCCAUUGAGAAUGAUGACACUUAUCAACUUACUGAAUUAGGUAAUUUUGAAAAUCCUGUACUUAGAAAACUUCUUAGACGAUCUGUUAAUAAAGAACAAGAAUUUCAAACAAUUAUAACAAAUAUCAUUGGAGUAAGUCUUUGGAAUUUAAUUAUUAAUUUCAUUACAUUAUUUAUUGAACAUUCAAAUACUGGGAAACAAUUAUAUUGUACAUUAUAUAAACGUUUAUGGAGUUUUAAAUGGUUACAAAUAAUUUAUGGUAAUAGUUAUUUUAAAUCAUUGAUUUUAGGAAGAUUGACGUGGAAUCAUAUUAAUUAUAUUUUCCAUUUAAUUAUUUGUUAUAAUUUAAUAUUUGCAGUUUGGAGAUUAUUUUCUAAUGGUAAGACAACAGAUUUAAAAUUAACUGAUAAACAAAAACAAUUAUUAGGUUUAAAAAACUAUAAUGAUAAUAAUGAUACAAAUAAUAAUGGUACAAAUAAUAAAAAUUCUAGAAUUCAAUUCAAAUUUGGUAAUGAAAAUAUUAAUAAACCACAUAUUAUUCAAAUGAAUAGACCUGGUCAAACGUUAUUACAUCAAAACAAUACAAAUGUAACUGUAAAUGAUACACCAAGUACACCAUUUUUAUUCAAAUCAUUGAAAACACCACAAAAAUUAAGACAGGAGCAACACCAACAACAACAGCAAUCUCAUUUUCAACCAAUGAAUCAUACUAUAAACAAGACUAAUGCAUUUGGUGAUUUACGUAGGACAGCCGUAACCAACCACUAUUCAAAUAAUAACAUGAAUAAUGGAAACCCAUACGCUACCCCAUCGUAUAAUUCCAUGAAUAAUAAUAAUAACAAUAAUAACCAAAAUGGUCACGCUGCACCUAUGAUUAAUAAAGCAUAUGUUGCCAGCCCAAAAUAUUCAUAUUUAAUGAAUUCUCCAGGACCAAACCAUCUAUAA